GAGUGAGGAGCGACUGCUUUGGAGACCGGAAAAAUCCGUGAAAAACUGUCGGGGUUAUUCAAGCCACGCAGAGCACACACACACACGCAUACGCACACUCGAGUCCUGGCAAAAACCCAGCGAAAAGCAGCCAACACAGCGGAAUUUUAAAGAACAAUUAACCCAGGACGACAGCUCUCUCCGAGAAAAACAAAACGCUGAAAUUAUUGAAAUAAAAAGGAAACGCCAGCUAUGGGGAAAAAGCGAGGACACUGCGUUUUUCCAACUGCUCUGGCUUUGGGCUUUUUCCGUCGUUUUUUGGCCAACGCGAAUAUCGAUUGCUGCUGCUGCUGCUGACUGCCUUGCAUAAGUCCAAAAAAGGGAGAUUAGUAUACAAACGCAGUCUGGAGGAGCGGAGCCAGGUGCCAGGACGCAGGACGAAAGCUCAAAGGCUCAAUUCAAAUGACAUCGAACUCGAACUCGCACUCGUAGUAAUUAAGUUUUUUUAAUCAACAAAUAACUGGUGGAGCCGAAAUGGAGAUGGAGCAGCUGCCUAGCCCAGACAAUUGACGUGGAAAUCGGAGCAAGGAACUACAAGGAGCUAACUACAAAGGAAACAAGGCUCCCUGGAUAUAUAUAUAUAUAUAUGUGUAUAUAAAUUGAAUUCCGAGGAAUAUCCGUGAACUAUUCUAGACCUACGCGCGUGUGUGUGUGCUUUCAUUUUCCAUUUUCAUUUCCUUUGUUGCUGGGUGAAAAUGGAUAUUGCCUUGCGCGGCACAAACAUAGCAGCAGCAGCAGGAGCAUCAUCAUCAACAACAACAACAACGACUGGAACUGGCACUGGUCUGCAUCAUGCUGUGUCAUUGGGCAACAUUGAGGUCUCCGCCAAGGCCACAUACUCCAGCCACAUGGACCGCAGCUACGACUCCGAGGACGAGCACACUGGUCGCCGCAGACUACGCCACACUCUCUCCACCGAGCUACAGCCUCGCACUUCUGUCUACUCCAGGGGAGAUAUUAGGGAACAGUACUGCCUCACAGAUCGCCAGCUGCAUAGCAUAGAGCAGCGUCCCAGGAGGGAGCGUUUUUUUGGCUGCCUUUCGCGACGCGGUCAAACCCAAUCGGGCAGCUUCCUGGGCGGCUGUGUGGGUCGCCGAGUGCCCUCCGAUGAGAAUCUGGCGGCCUAUGCACCCUUUGAGAAGUAUCCACGCUAUCAAAACAACUACACGGACACACAAGAAUUGGAAAGUUCCUAUUUUCGCCGUCAGCCGGCAUCGAUUUUGAGCACUGGAAAAUCGGUUGAGGCGGACCUGGGUGGUCGCUACACCUGGAUUGGUCAGCAGACGAACAACAACUCCGAUUACUCAACGGACCACAGCUCGUAUCACUGCCCCACAUACGCCACGAUGCCAACCACACACCACCAGCACCACCAUCACCACCAGCAGCAGCAGCAACAGUCGCAGCAGGGCGGGAAUGCCAGAACGAAACACGUGAGCUUCGCCAGGUCGCACACCCUCACCAGCUUCGACAAUGUCAAUGCCGGCUUUCGAUCCUCGGGGCGCUUGAAGACAGCCCGCAGCCAGGAGCGUUUAAUUGGUGGCAAAAAGCCCAUCAUAGCCACGGGCUCCAUGUACGAGACCCUGCAGCCGCCGCAGCAGCAGCACCAGGUGCAGGUGCCACAGCAGAGCUCAACGCUGCCCAAGACCUGGCUGCCACCGCCGGUACAGCUGCAGCCCUGCCAGCAUCAUCAUGCUCCGAUUCACCUACACCAGCCCAUGCCAGAUAACAUGGUUGGCCUGAUUAUCCCGCAGCCUCUGCCCUUGACCCUCCCACUGCCCAGUCCCGAAGUGCUCAUUGUGGAGAAGAAGUUCCGCAAUGCCAUGAAGACCCAGGCCACACAAACGGAUGCCGCUGCUCGACGUAACCAGGGCCAAGUUGGCUAUAAUACCCAAGUUUUGGCCCUAAGUCCCCGGCCACCACAUCGCAUCAAGGUCGUGUCCCAGGGCGCCCAGACAAAUGGCCUUCAAAAUGGCAAGAAGCUAACGAAAAGUCUCUCGGAGAUACCAAAUGGCAAGGAAGUGCAAUCACAUUACUAUCAACAGGGUUCGAUUUACCCCCACGAGAUGAUCUACCGCACUCAGUCGCAGGACGUGACCCCGCUGCAAACCCUCUCGGAUGCCCAGAACAACAUCAUGUACUACAAGCCGCCGCCACCUCUGCUGGAUGCCCACAGCUAUGGCCUGGGCAUGGAGCACCUGAGCCGCGGAGCUCGUCCUGCGGCCUCUGAGCAGAGCGUGGAGUAUGUGAACGUGAAUGCCGCCGCCGUGGCCCUCAACGAGAGCUUCGACUACGAGAGCAACAGUUUGCCGCGACGAGCCUGCACCUCGCAUGUCCGCACGGAGACGGACUACUACUCGAACAGCCUGCCCAGGAGGCCGGAGAGCCUGCAUAGCCACGACGUGUGCAAGCAUAUCACCGAGUGCUCCGAACUCAUCACGGACAGCGUUCCCCUGGACUUUACCCAGUCGCACUUGCUGCCGCCACCCAGUGAGUACUGCAAGAAUGACGACAACGAGGAGGAGUACUACGACGACGAGGACGAGGAGGAUCACCCCCAUGAGACGGAGAGCUACAGCUCGGAGGUCUGCCUGGAGCAGGCGGCGGCCGCUCAGAACCGUCGCAUGUCCAUGAUACCGCAAAUGAUUGAUUCUCCUUUCCGGCGCGAUGACAUCCGGCGCCAGUCCAUGCCCGUCUAUGGACAGACGGAGAAGCUCAUCGAUGGCUUUGGACCGAGGACAUCGUUCCGAAGGCGCGACAAGGUCAGCUGCUUUGCCGACCAACCGCCUUCGGCACCGGCCUCAGCCUCGGCUCGGGAUCAGGAGCAGGAGAUCUUCAUAGACUUCAAGCCGCAUGUCUCCCCCAAGCCGAGCCUCAAGCUGCAGCUGAAGCACCGCAAGCAGCACAAGGCGGAGAUAGCCAUGAGGAAGAUGCAGCAGCAAAGAAUGGCCCAGGCGGCGGCCCUGACCCUGCCGAAGCUCAAGCCACCGCCGCAGCCGCAGCCACUGCCAGUCGAAGUUGAGGUUAGAAAAGUUGAACUUGAGCCCAGCGACGACGAGGAGGAGGAGGAGGAGGAUGAGGAGGAGGAAGUCUCCGAGCCUGAAAGGAAGUAUCCAGACGAAGAGGAGAUCGACGACAAGCUGGACCUGGAUCAUCCGGAGGAUGAGGAGCCGCUCUACGAAAACAUAACUCCGUGCAACUGCAAAGUGGAGCCACAGCAUCCAGAACUCGAGGAUCUGCAGGACAAGCGCUCCCAGUUCCGCAAGCGUUCCGUUAGCCUGGACGAUGACGAUGCUACCGGAGCUCCUCCUCCAUCUGCGUCCGGCCUGCGCCUGCCCUCCACGCCGGCCAGUCCCUGCCGGGAGGAUCUGCUGCUGGCCAAUGUCUCAACUUAUCCAUCCUCAGACUCGCUGGCCAAUGACAAUACCCGCGACCAUUCCGACGGCAUCUGGAAUGAGUCGCAGGUUACUGUCUUGACGGCCGAGCAGCGCGACAUCUCCGAUGGCUCCUACAGCUCCAACCUAUUGCUGACGCCGUCCUCGAAGCGGAAGAAUCUGCUGCUGCAGCAUCAGCAGAGGAGCUCCGUGGACACCGAUGCCUUGGAUUUCGAAGAGCAGAGUCCCACCUAUGGCCUACAAACACUGCCGAAGAUUGUGAGGACGCCCACGCCCACCACCUCGCGGCCCGCCUCCACUCAACCCUUGAUACCGCCGCCAGCUAUAGCUGUCACUCCCUCCUCCAACCAGAUCAAGGCUGUCCUGGACUCCACCAUAAGCUCGCCCCUGCCCAAGCGAAGCCUGGUGGCCAGAGGCUCAGUUCCAGAUGCCCGACAGCUGAUGUUUAUGGGAGGAGCUGCCAAGCAAAGACACUCGGAUGCCUCUUUCCUGCCCACCACUGCGGGCGGUGGUACCCGCAGUGCCGACAUCUCGGAGUGCAGCACAAAUACAGAUGAGUAUGCCACCUGCACGGACACCUCGAAACGUACACCAGGUAUUAAGACACCACCGACGACGACCAGUUCCUCGUCGACCACACAUGUUCCAGUUUCCACGCAGAGCUCGCAGCUGGAGAAAACGCAUGCCGGCAGCUCCUUCGAGAGUGCCAGCUCCCUGUACUCCAUGCGGGAGGAUCUCCUGCAGCACGAUGAAAAGGAGAGGCAAGCCAAGUCGCAACUUAAAUCCCCAAUUGGCGGUUCGGUGGCAGAGUUGACUAGGAAAUCGCCCUCGCACUCCAUCAGCAGCACCACUUCUUCGGGCAGUUGUCCUAUCUCGGGUGCUGCCAUCAAGUCGCCAGGCAAGGAGAGCCAACCCCAGACGGUGUCCAGCUCGAUGACGCCUCAAAUGAAGGUCAGCACAGCGGAAAGUGUACCCGUUCUCAAGCCCAAACCCGAUUCCAUCUCCGAGGAUGAGCGCAGCGAGGUGCGGUACUCCUCAUCGGGCUAUUACGAGAGUCCCCACGACGAGGACGACGAGGAGCAGGUGAUGCGAAGCAAGGCGCGACGACUGCGCCAUGAAGAUGAGCGAAAGCGGCGCAAGACCAGCAUGAAGCUGGACAUCGAAAAGGAGAAUAUGAGGGCUCUAACCAGUCCCAUCAAGAAGCCAACCGCAGGAGGUGUAGGAAAAGUCCAGUCGCCAGAGCAACCCAGCAAUAACAACCUGGACAAUGGAAGUCCCAGCAGCCGGAUGAAGCGCUUCCGACCCAAGAUACGACGCCAGCUGAGGAAGAGCUCGCGCGAGGAUGUCCUGGCAUCGGCAGCGGCCGCAGGACGCAGGAGUCGUGCCACGCCACCGACCAUUUUUGGCCUGAGCAGCGGCAGUGGAGACACGGAGCUCCUGCUAGAUGCCAGCAUGUCCAGUGGCGCUCUGGUAGGGACCACAUCCCUGUCCACCACCACUACUGCCAUGAUUUCCUCUUCGCUAACACUCAAGGGUACUGUUUCGGAGACCAUAGCCUCCUCCUCUUCCCCACAACCAGAGGCCACGACCAUUCCGUCAUCUUCAGUGGUAAAGAAACCCCAUAGCUGCGCCACGCCCACAGCCCUGCUCUCGCCCAAACUGCCCACAGUGAGCAGCACCCAAUCCAAGUCCACCUCGGACACGUUCCAGCUCAAGGCCAAGUCCAUUGAGUCUCUGCGUUCGGUGUCGCCCGGCUCCGAUUCGGUGUUUUACAGCGAGGCCGAUGGCAAUGCGGCCAGUGCCGCCGAUCAGAGUCACUGCCUCCACUGCGGCAAGGAAAUGGAGGGUGGCAAGCAGCCGAGCCACCAGAACACCAUCAGCGAGUUGGCUGGAGAUUCUGUGGAAUCGAUUCCCUACAUCGAGCAGGACAUUGUCAAGCCGCCAUCGGACUUUGCCGACUCGCCGGUGACCACCAAGACCACUCAGCGGCUGUACAAGAAGAUGGACAAACGGUUCCGGUCGGAGGAGCGUUACCACGGCGAAAGGGGGAGGCACUACAAGACCAGGCAGGAGAAUAUCAGAGCCAAGAGCGAGGAACGCGGACGGGUUCCUAGCCUGCCCAACACCCCUGUCCUGCGUCCUGCCGGCUCCAGUCCCUGUGUCCUGCCCGAUAUCAAUACGGAACAGAGCCAGCACAUCAUCUACAAGGGACACUACGACGCUGGUCGCUAUACAAGGCUCACCGACGAUGAUUUGUGGACUCAGUUGGAUCAUCAGUGCUUUGAUCGUUCCCGUGAGCGUCGUGCUUCCACAGAGUCGGAAAAGGGCUUCCACGCCAAGUACCAGGUGAUCCUGCAUCGCCUCGUCCAGCGUCGCUGCACCCUGGAGAUGUACCAUCGCCAGAAGCACAACAGCUUCCGCGUGGACAAAACCGUGGUGGUCAAGAGCGAUUCCGGUGAGUUUGGCUUUCGCAUUCACGGCUCCAAGCCCGUCGUGGUGGCUGCCAUCGAGCCGGAGACACCGGCGGAGAGCUCUGGCCUGGAGGUGGGCGAUAUUAUAAUCUCUGUCAAUGGGGUUCAAGUGCUGGACAAGCACCACACCGAGGUGGUUAAGAUCGCUCACGAUGGCUGCGAGAAGCUGGAGCUUCAGGUGGCCCGCACCAUUGGCGUUUUGAUGCACGAACAGUUGGAGCCACCCAGUCAGCCGAUCUUUAGUGGAUAUUUGUGGCGUCAAAGCGGCCAGGCCAAGGGAGCUCCCAACUCCAAGAAAUGGGUGCGACGUUGGUUCUCCCUGAGACCGGAUAACUGUCUAUAUUAUUAUAAAACUGAAGAUGACUCCCAGCCCGUUGGCGCCAUGAUAAUGGCCAAGCACACUGUUGACCUCUGUCCCGUGGAUGUGGGCAAACCCUUUGCCUUCAAGGUGGAUGCCGGCGAGGGUAUUCCCAUGUUUGUGGCCGCCGAUUCCGAUGAGCUGGCCAAUCGCUGGCUCCAGCUGCUGAGGCAGGCGGCCGCCCAGGACAACCAGUGGCUCGACAAGAGUGCGAGGUGCUUGUACCAGAGUCCCAGCAACAUUCAGAGGCCCGAUUGCUUUGGCUAUUUGCUCAAAUUGGGCUCAAGGUGGUGCGGCUGGUCGAAACGCUACUGCGUACUUAAGGAUGCCUGCCUCUAUUUUUACCAAGAUGCGAAUAGCAAGAGUGCAUUCGGCAUGGCCUGCCUGCACGGCUACAAGGUGGCCUCAAUGUCCGCGAAUGCGUCCGGCAAGAAGAACUCGUUCGAGAUAAUACCACCAGAGACGAAAUUGCGUCACUACUUUUUCUGCACAGAAAGCGAAAUGGAUAAGAAGCGCUGGAUAUCCGCCCUGGAAUACUCCAUCGACCGGUGGAUCAAGUCCGGGUAACUAAGGUUAAAGACACGCUCCAGAUCGGCUCUGAGUAGCCGGCUCAAGCGUCGCAGUUUUAGCUACUUUAUGGACUAGACAUUUCGAUGGGAUAAUGUUGGGACUUUCUUCGAUUUGGAGACGAUUUAGAGACGAUUUGAUUCGGCACUAGUACGGGUACUACCAAAAAAAACAACCACACUUAGAACUUAAGCCAAGCAAACCAAUUAGUUUUAGGCAUACAUAGAUGAUUGCUUAGUCCAAGGAAUUUAGUGGGUCAUUCAAAUCGGGUUUAAAACUAUUUUGAACAGAGGCGUACAUACACAGAUAUUAUAUACACUCGGAAUAUAUAUACAUACAUAUAUAGAGGAAUGCAAUUGAACAUUUUUGGUGUGUGUAUUCUUGUUAUAUAGCUUACAACAACAAAAAUAUAUAUACAAACUUAUGUUUAGUGAGGUUGUCAUGUCACUUAUAUAGAUAAUAUAUAUAUUUAGCCGCCAAAAACGAAUGAAAAGAAAGAGAGAAAUGAUCGUACAGCAGACCAAAAAAUUGAUUGUCUAAUGUAUAUAGGAUUCUAAAACAUGAUUAGGUAUUCAAAAGAGGCUCGAAACGAAGGCCAACCAAUGCAAAAACCCUUUUUAGAUAAAUGUCUAUUUACAGCAACUCAAGGCGAGACCAACAAAUUCGGCAAUAUGUUAUAGUUUGUUCCCAAUUCUCAAUAGCUGCUUCCAUACAGAAAAACAUUGACAUUUUGUGAAUAAAAAAUAACAACGGUUUUCGUCCUUAUUGGAAACGAUUCUUAGUUAGACACAAUUACGAUGUAAGCCAGGAAUUAGUUAGCGCUUUUUUGAUAGGUUGGAUUUUUUUAGGGAACAUACAACAUACACACACACACACAACGUUCACAGUAGAUCAAACAAUAAUAUUAAUAGAGUUUAUAAUUCAGAAUCCAGUAGUUACUUUGUCGUAUAUAUAUAUAUAAACAAGAAACAAAGAUAUGAUCUUUAAAAUGCUGAUUUCCUGAUUUUUUUGGGUCAGUGUUCAAAUACCGAGAUUGAGUGAGGAUUGCAAACAGUUUUUGAAGCUUCGUUUUUUGGUUUUUUAGAAUACGUAAAAUAUAUAUAUAUAUUUUAUAUAUUUUAAAUAGAGUUUUCCAAUUUCAAGGCGGCGCAAACAAAAAUUAGAUAAUACAAAUGUAUGCAUUAUGAUUACAACUAUUAUUAUAGAUAUAUGAUAUACACAAGAGACAGCCAUUUUAUGUUGUAAAAAGUCAUCGAGACAAGAAAACCAAAAACAAAAAAGAACACUAAAUAAGAGCUUUAAUUAUUAAAUAAAGAAUAUACCGAGAAUGAA